UAAUGCCCGUGGUCGGGUCGUAACAUUCGCCCCGUGUGCAAAUUGCGAGUUUGUGUACAAAAUCUGUUCCGUCGUACUUGUCUAUAUGUCCAUAUUAGCCUCAUACACUGUAAUAGCGGAGGUUAGCCAAUAGCGAGCAGCAACGUCGGCUGCUAGCGUUACAGCAUUCCAUCCUGCUGAACGCCACGAUAGCACACGAGUGUUGUGGUGAUCAGGGUCUGCGGCGUGCCAGCGUCUCCAGCCUGAUGGGUGUGAAGGGAUGGAGUUAUGAUCCCAACGUUUUAUUCGAACAGGAUGGCGUUUUCAUACAUUCAAACAGUAAUGAUGACUGCAUUGAACAAGAUCUACUAAUUUCUGGGUCCAUUCGAGUCGUCGACAAGGAUGGGGAGUUCCUUGUUGAAUACAGACCUUUGGAGGACUCGGUCGACCCAUCAAACAUGCUAUGUGCUGGCAAGGACUCCAGUUCUGUCAUGGAAUGGGGCCAGAGUGCAGAGGAGCGGCCGCACCAAGGGUUGGAGACUCAGCACAGCUAUGAGACAGAGUGGGAUAUGGUGAACGCUAUCUCCUUUAAGAAGAAGACCUUCUCCAAUGGAGAUGGUGCCCUGAACCACAGUCAGGAGAGGUACCGUUGGGCCUUCACCUUCAGCGUCACUGACCUGCGUACCAUCACAGUCAAAGUGGACAGCUGGUCCUCCCUCUUCUUCAAGCUAAAGGAUACCUCGAUCUCCCUGCCUACUCUCUACUUCCACCAGGGCGGCGUCUCAGAGUUCCUGGAUAGCCUUCGAAGAUGUGCCAUGCUAAGCGAGUCUCCAGAAGAUGAGAGCUGUCUGCUGGUCAGCACUGUCAACAAAACCCUGUCCCAGUCCUUCGAGAACCUGCUGGACGACAACAACUUUGGCCUUGUUCAUCUGAAGAAGGACCCGUAUGUGACAACGCUGGGGGGAUUCUCCAAAGUCACCAACUACCUGUACGACGCCUUCCGCGGCGCCGAGGAGCAACAGCGGCCCCCCGAGGAGACAGCGGACCUCCUGGGGGAGGUCAUCCCCGGGCUGGAGAUCAACCACCAGGAGGAGCCCGGCUUCGAGGUCAUCACCCGGGUCGACCUCGGAGUGCGGCCAGACGUCCAGCGGGGGGAGCCCCUGGGCCCGGAGCAGUGGGGGGGGCACCAGGACCCCGAGGGGAGGGUAGUCAACGUCCCUCAUCUCAAGCAAGUCAUCUUCAAAGGGGGUCUGUGUCACAUGUUGAGGAAGGAGGUCUGGAAGUUUCUGCUGGGAUAUUUCCCAUGGGACAGCACCCUGGAGGAGAGGAAGGCCGUGACGAGAGAUAAGACGGACGAGUACUUUAGGAUGAAGCUGCAGUGGAAGUCUGUGAGCGAGGAGCAGGAGAGGAGAAACUCGAAACUCAGAGACAACAGGAGUCUCAUCGAGAAGGACGUCAACAGAACGGACAGGACCAACCGGUUCUACGAGGGCAUUGACAACCCGGGCCUCGUCCUGCUCCACGACAUCCUCAUGACCUACUGCAUGUACGACUUCGACCUGGGUUAUGUCCAGGGGAUGAGCGACCUUCUCUCUCCACUCCUCUUUGUGAUGGAGAACGAGGUUGAUGCCUUCUGGUGCUUUGUUUCCUUCAUGGACCAGAUGCACCAGAACUUUGAGGAGCAGAUGCAGGGCAUGAAGACCCAGUUGGUCCAGCUCAGUUCUCUGCUGAGACUGCUGGAUCUGAACUUCUGGAACUACCUGGAGUCCCAGGACUCGGGAUUCCUGUAUUUCUGUUUCCGCUGGUUGCUGAUCCGUUUUAAGCGGGAGCUGAGCUUCCCGGACGUCCUUCGGCUAUGGGAGGUCAUGUGGACGGGCCUGCCCUGCCAGAACCUCCACCUGCUGGUGUGCUGCUCCAUCCUAGACUCUGAGAAACAGAAGAUCAUGGAGGAGAACUAUGGCUUCAAUGAAAUCCUCAAGCAUGUUAAUGAACUCUCCAUGAAGCUGGACAUAGAAGAGAUUCUCCGUAAAGCAGAGGCCAUCUGCUUACAGAUCAAGGGUUGUAAGGAUCUGCCCCAUUCCGUCAGCGACAUCAUGGGAUUCAACACAGACGAAGAUGCCGCAGAGGCCCCCAGGUCAGAGGACCCGGAGCCGGCCAAGAGGAGCCACUCCCCCUCACCAAGCCCCUCCCACCGGGGGCUAGCCUUCUCCAACGGCCACGGACACUUGAGAGAGAGCUCUCAGAACGGCUGCAAAGUGUCCUUCGUGUCCUAGUGUACGGAGAGAGCUGAACCUCAGAGACUGGGGCUGUCCAGCGGGGAAGCCUUUCCCGACAGGGUCGAGCUGGCUGUCCCGGGAGAGGAACGCCACUCCGGCCGCCGCCUUGGGAUCAGGAGCCUUGAUGAUGAUGAUGAUGAUGAUGAUGAUGAUGAUUAGAUGGAUGGAUGGAAUGUAAAAAAACAAACAAAAAAGGAUUUAAGAUUAUUAAGAAACCUUAUUUUUGUAAUUUCUUGUACCAUAUUGUCUUUUCAUUGAAGUAGUCAUUCCUGAUGGUAACUACGUUUUCUAAAGGUCGGCUGAGGUUUUUUGGUGACUAGAGUUGUGCUGCUAAAAUGUAUCACUCCCCCACGCUCAACCAUGCUCCGGUGAUUAAACAAUGGACUAAUCAUUUAUUACAUCAAUAAUCAAAACGCUGAGUGUAGGAUUUUGGGUAUGUUCUUUUUUGCAUCCAAUUUGGCAGCUGGUGUAUUGCUGUUUUUUUUAUUUUUCGAAUUGAGGUUAGGAACUGUUUGAAACUGUGACGUACAGUUUAUCAAUAUAUUCGCCCAAUGUAUUCGACAGCUUGUAUACCAGUUGGAGUCAGUAUUAAUGAGGAACAUCAGUUUCUCCUGCUGUGUGGAGUGCUACCGUAUGUUUAAAUGACCUCUGACCCCCACCAUCAGCCUUCACAUUACUCUGGACCAGCAUCGGUCCUCUGCUUCCAAAGCGAGUGUGCCAGUUCUUUAUUUAGAGUUAUUUUUUUAUUCUAACUCUGAAUCGCCCAUUUGUACACAGAGAAAUCUGCUGCUCAAUAUAUCGGAAGUCGUUAUCAAUAUAUCCUACAUUAAACUAACACCUCUUUUAAGGACUUAUUUUGCAAUUAGCCAAUUUCUCUAGAACUUACUUUCAAAAUUUGAAAGAUAUUAGAUAUUGAUUUUUCUAUAAAUGUAACUUGCAUAGAGGGUUUUUGAAUGAGCCAACGGAUUGAUUAAAUUGUUUUCACUUUGCUUUGCCAGCAGGAUGGAGUGAGUCUGGUUGACCAGCUUUGAAAUGAUGUGUCUUUAAAUGUCAUGGCCUGGAAAUGACACUAUGGGGCAAUAAAAAAAAAAAAACUACUUCAAGGCA